UCAAGGCUUCGCGGCUCAAGCCGCGGCUCAAGGGGAACCUUCGCCGGUCGAUUCCCUCGCCCGCCUUCGAUUCGCCGCGACAUGGCGGCGCCGGUGCAGGUGCGGCUGGCCGGCAGCGCUACGAAGGUGGCGCUGGGCCCCGAGGACGGCCUCGGGGCGCUGAAGAGCCGCGUGGCCGGGGCCUUCGGUCUGACGGCGCCCUUCGACCUCAUCGGCCCGGAGGGCCGCUUGAGCACCGACGAGGACGCCAGGGCCGUGACCAAGGCAGACUCGGAGCUGCGCAUCAGCACUGGUGAGGAUGCGCUCUUGGACCUCGAGCGAGCAAGGGAGGAGUCGGGGGUGCUGCGCUGGGCGCUGCUGCGGCAGAUCCUGGGAGACCUCAAGGUGCGGCUCGCAGAGAUGGCGGCGGAGCUCGGUGAGGGCCGGCACAAGGCGGCGCAGUUGGAGCAGCAGCUGGCUGUGCAGCGAGACCAGCACCAGGCGGGGCAGGCGAAUCUGAAGGCGGAGCUGGCGGAGCUGCGGGAGCUGCAGGCGGUGGAGCUCCAUAAGGCCCGGCAGGAGGCCGAGCGGCGGGUCACGGAGGCCACGAGUUCGCUGGGGCAGCAGCUGGCGGCGCUGGAAACGGAGCAGGUGGAGUCCCUGCAGAGCAAGGAGGCCGCCCUCCAGGAGGCGAUUCAGCAGGAGAAAACCGGGCGGCAGCGCGAGGCGGAUGAGACCCUACGCCGGCUCCAGGACCUCCGCGCCGCUGCGGAGGCGGAGGCGCAGCGUGCCGCGGCGAAGAGCGCCGCGCUGGAGGCGCGGCUGGCGGAGCUCGGAACCCGCCUGGCGGAGGAGGCGGAGCUGCGCCAGGCGCUGGGAAAGCAGUUGGAGCAGCAGCUGGCUACAGGAGCUGCGGAGCGUGAGCGCCUGGAGGCCACGCAGACGGCGAGCGGCAACGCCUGGCAGCAGCGGGCUGCUGAGUUGUCUCAGGCCAUGCAGGUGGAGAAAGAGAGCCGCGGGAGCCAGCUGGACGUGCUCCAAAGACAGCUGAAGGACCUGGCGCAGGAGUCCGAGGCCAAGCUGGCGCAGGCGGGGGCGACCUGGAAGGAGCAGCUGGAGGAGGUGAAGGAGAUGGAGCCGAAGCUGCGGAGUCUGGUGGCGGAGCAGGCGGAAGGCGUUCGGCAGCAGCAGCUGCAGCAGCUGGAGUCCUUGCAAGAGCUGGCGGGGAAGUUGGAGGAGGAGUCGGUCGACCGGCGCCAGACGGACCAGCGCACCGCCGGCAUGGUGAGCAGCAUCCAGGUGGCCAUGGGCCGCGAGCAGCGCGCGCGGGAGGCGGCCGGGGAGGCGGCGGGCCGCGCCAGCGGCGCCCUGGAGGCGCAGCUGGCGGCGGCGGAGCAAAGCGCCGCGGAGGCGCAGAAGGCGCAGCAGGCGGCGUUGGAGCACCUGGCGACGGAGUUCCAUAGCCUCAAAAUCGGGGAGGAGGCGGCGCGGACCAAGUGCCGAGACGAGGUGGAGGCCGCCCAGCAGUCGCGGCACCAAGCGCUGGCGGAGGAGCUGAGGCGGACCCACGAGAGGCAGACGGAGGAGAGCCGGCAGUGGGCCCAGACCUUGGUGGAGCGACUGAGCACCGAUCUCAGGGCAGAGCGGGAGGCGCUCUUUCAAGAGCUGCACCGCCGCUGUGAGGAGGUGGCCAAGCUCAACACGGAGCAGAUUCGCCUGGAGAUGGCGGCGGAGGUGAAGAAGGUGGAUGCAACCACCUGCGACGUGCUGCAGAAGCACCGGGCGGCCUUGGACGAGGAGAAGCGCCACUACGAGCGUCAGGCACAGGUGGCCGCCUCGGAGGUGAAGGCGGCGCUGGACGCCCACGGGGACUUCGCGGAGGCCUUGGAGCAGGAGCAGCGGCUCAUUGUGGAGCGGCUCACGGAAGCCUUGCAGAAGGAGGGGACGGCGAGGCACGAGCUGAUGAAGCGCUUGGGGAGCCUCGAGAUCGAUGUCCAGAAGGUCCGCGGGCACUUGCCCAUCCUCUUUGCUUCACCCACAGCUUUUCGAUGAGCCGAGCUGAGCGGCGAGCAUGCUGAAUUCAGGGAGGAGUCAACAUGGGUGGUUGUUGUGAUGUUCAGUGCAUUCACCUCAUCAAAGGAUUCAGAGUGCUUAGCCGCCACGUGCGGCUGCGCACGUUGUGCAGAGGCGCUGCAGAAUGCAGAAACCAGAGGCACGCAAUUAACGCCAACAGAUGCGACGUGCAUGUUUACCGAGAAUUCGUUGCGAAGCUUGUGGGUGAGCCGGGGUAGCCAGGCUGUCACUUGGUUUUUGUCUCCGGCCUACGGCUCUCUGCCGUGCAGGGUGGGGGAUGUACAAUUAGAAGCGAUGCCUGGAUCUCGCGC